AGGAGAUCGAGUCUAUAAUGAUUCCCGAGCUCGGUGUCGAGCCGAUCCUCGACUCCGACGCCAUGAUGAAAUACCUCGUCUGGAGCGAUCAGUGGGUAGGCUACGACGACGCCGAGACUAUCGCUUUGAAGAAAAGCUGGGCUAGCAGCCACUGCUUCGGCGGUACGAUGAUAUGGAGCAUCGACCUCUAUUCCGGUUCUGGGAGCGGGAACACCCCCGACGGCGGCGGCGAUUCUACGAGCGGCGAUCCCGGAGCCGGGGGCGGUAACAGUGGGUCUUCGGAAGGUAGCGGCGGCGAUUCGAUCGUCUAUAUUGAUCCGUCGAUCUGGGGAGAGCCUAACCCCGUGAUCAACUGCGAGCCUCCCUGCACCUUUAUCCUGCCCCCUCUGCAACUUUCGUCGGCGACGACAAUUACCUUCCCGCCGUACGUGACAUCUCUCGACGUUGCUUGGAGCACCUCGACAGGCUGGACGCAUAUCAUUCAAACGACGACCCUGACCAUUCCGCCGGUCACUAUCACCGAAAUUCCUGUCUGGGAGUACACCGUCACCGACACUGUUACGGAAACUACCGUCUCUAAGACGUUCUACGUGACUAGUAGCAUCUUGCCCCCGCCUUUCACGAUCACCAACGACCCAAACCCCCUAAGCGAGCCAGGCGUCACUCACCCUCCGGUAACGAGAACUAUCACGCCCCCGCCGUUCCCCUACUCUUUCACCCAACCGUCGAGUCAGACAACGACGUCUUCUUCGAGCACGGGUGUCGUCGCCGCGAUAUUUCCGAUCGUGACGUACAAACCGGGAACGCCGGGCCCGAUCUGCAAGUCCGGCUGCGGACUUCCGUGCUUGAUCUUCUGCUCGUCGCCGUGUCUCCUCAACUGCGUCGACGGCGGAGGCGACUUCGUAGACCCGGAGGACCCAGAUCCACCGGAGCGUCCGACCCCGACGGAGGUAAACGACCCGCUACCCACGGACGCUACGAAGGUGUCGCCGACGCCUGAACCUACCGACUCCGGGGGCGACGAUCCGGAGGACCCCGAAGAGGAAGAUGACGAUGACGAGUGCGCGUACGAAUUUAGCUUGGCGGCGCCGACUUACGUCGAUCCCAACUUUGGCUCCUCCGGCACGCAGACCGUCUCUUCGGCCCAGCCGCCUGCUACGCCGGCACCGAAGCCGAAUCCUACGCCGCCGUCGCCCAACCCGGCCACGGAGAGCCUACAUUGCUUUAACAGCGGUGCGAUGACGGGCCGUGGUAGCAUGAUAGACGCCGUGACGACGUUUUGUAAUGAUUACCUGGGCACCAUCCUCGACGCGAGCGACGAGAACGCCGAGCAUACGCUAAGUUUAGAGGACCACAAUGCCGGCACGUGCUUUGGCGAGCUGGGCUGUAUAGAGGUGUUGCACCUUAGUGUCACCGUGACGAACGGGUGCCGGUUCACGAUCGAUGGACCGAGCCCGGAUCAAGAGUGUGGUAGGAUAUUUAGGGAAGCGAUUGACAAAUGCGAUACUAGCAGUACUAGGUACAAGCAAGGUGGCACCAUCACGAGCAAUUGUGCCGUAUGGGAUAUCGAUCCGAAUAAUUGGUGGGGAUAAUUUGUGUGAAAUCUGAGACAUGUUAAUUAAGAUGUCAUAGGACUUUCCUUCCUUACCCUAAAGAAAGAAGGAUCUAUUAAUUGCAAUAAAGAAGGGAGGAUAAAUAAUUAAUUAAAAGGGAUAAAAUAAAACUUUUUAAUAUUAAGAUAAUAAA